AUGACUUCUGACCUUAUCGUUCACUGGGAAUCAAGUUUACUUCUUCAUGACAGGCACCAUCUUGUUGGGUCUAUUCAAUUUUUGUCUGAAAGAACGAACACGAAGAAAAUGAUUCGUUAUGCGAUAAUUUCAAUUACAAAUAUCAUUCUGCUGGGAAUAGCUGUUCUUUUUCUGUACGUGGGAAUUCGCGACAAUUCUUGGUCUGGAACUCUCGAUCCUUCCUUUUACAUUCCAACUUGUAUGAUCGUGGUCGCUGUGCUCAUUUUUAUUGAUCGAUUGAUUUAUUGGAAACACAAAUUUGAUGCUCUAAAUUUUGAAGUCAAGUUUCCGAGACCUAGAAGCUCGAUUCGAAAAUCGAAUAAAGAGCAAGUAAAGCAAUGGGAAACGGAUAAAUCAAAUAGAAGUAGUUCAAAAAAACUGAUGAAUUUCAAGGUUUUCUGGAGAAUAAUUGUUUAUCUCGUAAUUCUUAUCGGAACAUUCUCUGCUCUAUAUGUCCUACACAUUAGUAUUCACACAUCUGGAUUCGAAAAUCCUUACCCAAUAUUGUAUAGUAUUUAUUUCGGAUUUUUGGCAUUAUUUGUAUAUUUUUGUAUGUUUGUGAAAUUUGUAUUUUUGUGGGGUCAAAAGAAGAGAAGCACAAGCCCGGAAAGUUUAACUUCAAGCCCUUGAAAAUUGCAUUAUAUUAAUGUUGUUCAAGUUUUAGUAAUAAAAAAUUAGAAUUGGCA